AUGGCGCCCAGGAACCGCGGGGGCAGACCGACCCUCAGUCAGAGCUUGGACCGUGAUGUCUACCAGGUUGUGCGCAAGAUUAUCGACGACAACCCCGACACCCGUCUGUCAGUUCAGAUGCUGUAUGACCAGAUCAAGAAGUCGAAUUCGAGCUUGAAGCGCCAGCAGAAGAGAUCUUUGGAGGAUAGCCUGGAGAGAGUUCUGGCUGUGUUGCAGGCUGAUGAGGCCGAUGAGGAGGAUGAUACAGUUGAGGGUGACUUUGAGGGCCUGGACGACCCGGCGGCUACGGAACCCAAUGGCCUGAACCAAAGCAUUGUCGGUCAGUGGGCGACUACGAAAGCAACCCCGUCCAAAAAGACCGAAGAUGGAGCCUCCAGCAAACCCUCGAAGAGAAGGAGAGAAGGCGGAGAGUCUGUAUCUAAGCGACGAAAGGGCGAGGCGGUAGACCGGUCACCACCUACACACGUCAGCCUCGCAGAUUUGGGAGGUCUGGACGACGUGGUCCAGGAAUUGGGCGAUCUGGUCAUCCUGCCCAUGACUCGGCCGCAGGUCUACUUGUCGUCUAAUGUUCAGCCGCCGCGUGGUGUCUUAUUGCAUGGCCCUCCGGGUUGUGGUAAGACCAUGAUCGCCAAUGCAUUCGCAGCAGAGUUGGGUGUACCUUUCAUUUCCAUCUCGGCACCGUCUGUCGUCUCCGGUAUGUCCGGUGAAUCCGAGAAGGCCCUGCGUGAGUAUUUCGACGAAGCCAAGAAGAUUGCUCCCUGCUUGAUCUUCAUUGAUGAGAUUGACGCCAUUACUCCUAAGCGUGAGAGCGCCCAGAGAGAAAUGGAAAAGCGAAUUGUCGCUCAGCUUUUGACAUGCAUGGAUGAUAUCUCUCUCGAGAAGACCGAUGGCAAACCCGUGAUUGUACUUGCGGCUACAAAUCGCCCGGAUAGUCUGGACGCAGCUUUGCGUCGUGGUGGUCGCUUCGACAAGGAAAUCAACAUGACCGUUCCCUCGGAGCCUGCCAGAGAACGAAUUCUGCGCACACUCACGCGCAAGCUACGCCUGGCAGAUGGUCUUGACUUCAAGACUCUGGCUAAUCGAACCGCCGGUUUUGUUGGAGCCGAUCUUAACGACCUCGUUUCAACGGCCGGUGCGGCUGCCAUUAAGCGGUACUUGGCGAUCUUGAAAGCGAACAGCGGGGAGGAGAUGGAAAUCGAAGAACUGGAUGACCUUAGCCCUAAGGUCCGAGAGCUCCGUCGUCUGAUCGAGCACGCUAAGGAGAAUCCCAUCGGCGAGGAGAUCGAGACCGUUCUCGUCUCCAAUGCAGACUUCUUCACUGCACUUCCCAAGAUUCAACCCUCCUCCAAGCGUGAAGGCUUUGCCACAGUCCCCGAUACCACCUGGGCGGAUAUCGGUGCUCUCAGCGGUAUCCGCGAUGAAUUGGCCACCGCCAUCACCGAGCCCAUCAGGAACCCUGAAAUCUACGCUCAGGUCGGUAUCACCGCACCCACGGGUGUCCUCCUAUGGGGUCCGCCAGGUUGCGGUAAGACACUGCUGGCCAAGGCCGUGGCCAACGAGUCCCGCGCCAACUUCAUCAGCGUCAAGGGUCCAGAGCUGCUGAACAAGUUCGUCGGUGAAUCCGAACGUGCUGUGCGCCAGGUCUUCGUCCGAGCCCGAUCCUCUGUUCCCUGCGUUAUCUUCUUCGAUGAGCUCGAUGCCCUCGUGCCCCGUCGUGACGAUAGUCUCUCUGAGGCUUCUGCUCGCGUCGUCAACACCCUUCUCACCGAGCUCGAUGGUUUGGGCAGCAGUCGCCAGGGUAUCUAUGUUAUCGCAGCUACUAACCGGCCUGAUAUCAUUGACCCUGCCAUGCUUCGUCCUGGUCGUCUCGAAACUCUGCUCUUCGUUAACCUUCCUUCGCCGCUUGAGCGUGUGGAUAUCCUGAGGACUCUGGUUCGCAAGCUGCGCAUUGACUUUAAUGAUGAUCUCAUGAGACUCGCUGAGGAGUGUGAGGGAUACAGUGGUGCUGAUUUGGGCAGUCUCCUACGCCGUGCUGGUUACAUGGCUAUCAAGCGUCGCGACAAUAUCAAAUACGAGGACUUUGUUGCUGCUAAGUCUUUCAUUCGUCCCAGUGUCACUGAUAUGAAGAAGUAUGAGAAGCUGCGGCGCGACUGGGGUUCAGGUGUCUAA